CUCUCUCUCUCUUCUGUCACCUUCGAAUCAUAUUAUAGCGCAGAAGAAGCCGUGGACGCUAGUUGCUCCUCCUCCUCCUCCUCCUCCUCCUCCAUAACCACCAUUCGAGCUUUUUGUCCUUUGCCUCACUUUCUCUCUCUAUCCCGACCCCCAGCCCGCCUCACUUUCUCUCUCUUCUGCAACGAUCCUUAUCUCGUCGCCAGAAAUUAUUGGCUUCGAUCAUUUAUGUGAUUUUGCCGCGGGGUGGGCGUCGCCAUGUAUAUAACGAGCGCCUCGGCUUCGGCUUCGGCUUCCUCGCUCCUCCGAGCUUCCAGGGCGCGCCUCUGCGGUCCCAUCGCCUCCGCCUCCGCCUCCGCCUCCGCCUCCAGGACCUUGGCCGCCCCGAGCCCGCGCCCCGCGCCCCUGGCCGACCGGUGCCGAUCGCUCAGCUUCUACUCCGCGGUCCGAUCGCUCCGGGGCUCCGUGCCGCGGUGGAGCCACGGCGUCGACUGGAGGUCGCCCCUGAGCCUCCGCCCCCAGAUCAGGGCCGUCGCCCCCGUGAUCGAGCGCCUCCAGCGGAAGUUCGCCACCAUGGCUUCGGAGAAUCCUUUCAAGGAGAUCUUAACUACUCUACCGAAGGCAGGAGGUGGCCAUUUUGGAAAAUUUUACAGCCUUCCUUCUCUAAAUGAUCCGAGGAUAGACAAGUUGCCAUACUCUAUCAGGAUCCUUCUUGAAUCUGCUAUCCGUAAUUGUGACAACUUCCAAGUUAAAAAAGAGGAUGUCGAGAAAAUUAUUGACUGGGAAAAUAGUUCUCCUAAGCAAGUUGAAAUUCCUUUCAAGCCAGCUCGUGUUCUCUUGCAGGAUUUUACCGGCGUGCCUGCGGUCGUGGAUCUAGCUUGCAUGCGUGAUGCCAUGAACAACCUUGGCAGUGAUUCAAAUAAGAUUAAUCCCUUGGUUCCUGUGGACCUGGUGAUUGAUCAUUCGGUCCAAGUUGAUGUUGCAAGGUCAGAAAAUGCUGUCCAGGCAAAUAUGGAGCUUGAAUUCCGGAGAAACAACGAGAGAUUUGCUUUCCUGAAAUGGGGGUCCACUGCUUUUCGCAACAUGCUUGUUGUUCCUCCUGGUUCUGGUAUUGUGCAUCAGGUCAACCUUGAAUAUCUUGGAAGGGUUGUUUUCAACAGUGAUGGCAUGCUUUAUCCUGAUAGCGUUGUUGGAACUGAUUCCCAUACAACCAUGAUUGAUGGGUUAGGAGUUGCUGGUUGGGGAGUUGGAGGUAUCGAGGCUGAGGCAGCAAUGCUUGGCCAGCCCAUGAGCAUGGUGUUGCCUGGUGUUGUUGGGUUCAAAUUAUCUGGGAAGUUGCGUGAUGGUGUCACGGCCACUGACUUGGUCCUAACUGUCACUCAAAUGUUGAGGAAGCAUGGAGUUGUUGGCAAAUUCGUUGAAUUUUAUGGGGAUGGUAUGGGAGAGCUAUCGUUAGCUGACAGGGCUACCAUUGCAAAUAUGUCUCCUGAGUAUGGGGCAACCAUGGGAUUCUUCCCCGUUGACCAUGUAACUCUGCAGUAUCUGAAGUUGACUGGAAGAAGUGAUGAGACUGUGGCAAUGAUAGAAGCUUACCUACGUGCAAAUAAUAUGUUUGUUGAUUAUAAUGAGCCUCAACAAGAACGAGUUUACUCAUCUUAUCUGGAGCUGAAUCUUGUGGAUGUUGAACCUUGUAUUUCAGGACCUAAGAGACCUCAUGAUCGGGUUCCUUUGAAAGUUAUGAAGGCUGAUUGGCAUUCUUGUCUUGAUAAUAAAGUUGGCUUCAAGGGUUUUGCUGUACCCAAAGAAUCACAAGAUAAAGUGGCCAAAUUUUCAUUCCAUGGGCGGCCAGCUGAACUCAAGCAUGGGAGUGUUGUGAUUGCUGCCAUUACUAGCUGCACCAACACAUCGAAUCCCAGCGUCAUGCUUGGAGCUGCUCUAGUAGCGAAAAAGGCUUGUGAACUUGGAUUACAGGUCAAGCCAUGGAUCAAAACAAGUCUUGCACCUGGCUCCGGUGUUGUUACUAAGUAUCUACUUAAGAGUGGGCUGCAGAAGUACUUAAAUCAGCAAGGAUUCAACAUUGUUGGAUAUGGAUGUACUACUUGUAUUGGAAAUUCUGGGGACUUGGAUGAAUCAGUUGGCUCUGCCAUCUCAGAAAAUGAUAUCAUUGCUGCUGCCGUGCUCUCUGGAAAUCGGAACUUUGAAGGGCGUGUUCACCCGUUGACUAGAGCUAAUUAUCUAGCUUCACCUCCUUUAGUAGUUGCCUAUGCUCUUGCUGGCACGGUUGAUAUUGACUUCGACAAAGAGCCAAUUGGAACAGGGAAGGAUGGUAAGAGUGUUUUCUUCAGAGAUAUCUGGCCAUCAACAGAGGAAAUUGCACAGGUUGUCCAAUCAAGUGUUCUGCCGGAAAUGUUCAAAAGCACUUAUGAAGCUAUCACAAAGGGCAAUCCCAUGUGGAACCAGCUCUCUGUUCCUGCUACGACCAUGUACAAAUGGGACCCCAACUCUACCUACAUUCAUGAGCCUCCGUACUUUAAGGGCAUGACCAUGGAUCCUCCUGGAGCCCAUGGAGUGAAAGAGGCAUACUGCUUGCUGAACUUUGGUGAUAGUAUUACGACUGACCAUAUAUCCCCAGCAGGAAGCAUCCAGAAGGACAGUCCUGCAGCUAAAUAUCUACUUGAGCGUGGGGUGGACCGCAAAGACUUCAACUCAUAUGGAAGUCGACGUGGAAACGACGAAGUGAUGGCAAGGGGAACUUUUGCCAAUAUUCGUAUUGUUAAUAAGCUUUUAAAUGGCGAAGUGGGUCCCAAGACAGUUCACAUCCCUACAGGAGAGAAGCUUUAUGUGUUUGACGCAGCAAUGAAAUACAAAGCUGCUGGACAUGAUACUAUUGUUCUGGCUGGAGCAGAGUACGGUAGUGGAAGCUCCCGAGAUUGGGCAGCCAAAGGGCCCAUGCUACUGGGAGUCAAAGCAGUGAUUGCAAAAAGUUUCGAGAGAAUUCACCGGAGUAAUUUGGUGGGUAUGGGUAUCAUUCCACUCUGCUUCAAAGCUGGUGAGGACGCAGACACAUUAGGAUUGACUGGUCACGAGCGUUACACUAUUGACCUCCCGAGCAAUAUUGCUGAGAUUAGGCCUGGCCAAGACGUGACUGUCACAACUGACACGGGCAAAUCCUUUACCUGUGUUGCCCGCUUCGAUACUGAGGUUGAGCUGGCGUAUUUCAACCAUGGAGGAAUCCUCCCGUACGUCAUUAGGAAUCUUACUAGCCAAUAAAGUCAGAAUUGUUGGCAGGCAGCUUGCUCCGGCAUGGGAGCCGUUUCACUUUGUAAAAUCUGAGAGGAAAAUAAUGUCUCGAAUACAAAGAAACAUCCCUAUCAUGGGACAAGUUUUUGAGAACUUCCGCACAUGCAGGCUUAUUUGAUCUGCAUUUGGAGUUAGAAUUGCGUUUCUCUUUUCAA